AUGGACCUCACUCGGUCAGGAAGGAAACGGAAGAGCUCUCUUUCAAACCCAACCCAGUCUCCAAUCUCAUGCAGGACUAGACACAGCUUGGCAGCGGUGCCAGAAGAUGCCGGCCUCAGCCAACAGCAAAAAAUAGUCUCCGUUACACCCAAGAGAUCAAGGAAGAGAGUUCGGUUUUCCGAUCCAGGUCCUCGAUUAUUAGAUGAUGCAGAUAUUGGGUCGACUGGCUUGACUCCAGCGAUGCGUCGAACAUCGUUCCAGACAGGAUCUGGUGAUCACACCCCUAGCCGCAAAGCCCGACGCAGGUCUGCCCCAACACCAAGCUUCCAGCGGUCAUAUGACAAAGAGGAGCCGAUUGAUGAAACAUGCACCGAGAAAAGGAUUCAAUUUACUCCGCUGCGUCAAAUCUUGGAUACACGGACCCAGAGAAGAAUUAAGCGAAUCGGGUUGAGUGAUGAAAUCAAUCACAUUGAACGCGAAAAGCGUGAGGCACGCAAUAUGGAAAAGACCAUGCGAGCUUUGCUUCAGGAGCGGGAUUCCCUGAAGGAUGAGCUCAGGGCCAUGAAACGAGGUGUAAUGGACUUUGAGAACCAAGGUUCGAUAGCUGAGUCCUAUUGGAUGACACCCAACACACCCAGAUCUUGCGAGGAAGAUUCAGUGGUCUCUAAUCACACUCGGGAUGACGCCGCUCCAUUUUCGAAUAGUGAUGGAGAGACCUUCAUGUUCAAUGACAGUGCUGUCAUUGUAUCCAGCUCUCCUGAUUUCCGUGGUAUUCGAAGUCACAAUCCGCCCGUCACUGAUAGCUUGAUGCUAUCCGACGGUCCCCAAACGCCCAUUCGCGCCACCCAAGCGCAGACUUCAGUGAACACAGAGGCAUCUGACAUUCAUUCCCUGAGCCUGGAUCUGGAAGCUGCUAGACAAGAAAAGAACAACUUGUUCAAUGCUUGUCGAUCACGAAUCUCAGGGUUCAGUGACCCUACGAUCAGUAGCCUCUUCAGCCAGUCGUCUCCACCGUCGGACUUCUUCGAGAAUAUCAUAAAGAUUUUGGAAAAUGCUCUGUCUCGUGCUUCCAAUGCUACUGAGGCUCUUGAAGGGGUCACCCAGGAAUGCUCCAGCUUAGGAUUCUGCGGGGACGGCGUGGACGAUGUCAUAUUGGACAUGCGGAGCCACUUCCGCUCAGCUCGUCUUGAGCUUGAGCGUGCGCUACCUGGUGAAACCGCGAACGUCAGUCUCGACGAUGGCAAGGCAACCCUAGGUGCGCUGGUGAGGCGGGUUGAGUCACUGGCAAAAGACCUGGGGACAGAACGCCAUUACCACCACGGCUCUCUCGGUCGAGAAAAUGCUCUGCGGGGGCAAUUCGAUGCUUUACUACACCGAUAUGAGACAGCUGCAAAAAAGAUUGACACUCUCGAGGAUGCAAUCGCAUCUUCUGCGGGCGAUAUGCUCCACACGCGCAUGCGAAUGCAAGACCUCGAGCGUGAAGGCCAAGAACAGGCCAUUGGGAUUGACAGAUUAAAUACAGCCCUCGACAAAUAUCAUUAUGAAGUGAAGGGUCUCGAAAGUCUUAUCGACAACCUUGAAAAGGAGAACACGGCUACAAAGGAGGACUACACUCGGCAGAUAUCUAAACUCAAGGAACAAGUGGCCCAUGAACGCUCAAAACGUUCUUCGGCCGAGGCUACUGCUUCUCAGUCUGAGUCCCGCAUCCAAGAAUUGGAGAAAACAGUCGAGCACAAUCGAAUUCGGGCUUGCAACUUGAUGGCCCAGGUGGAACUUUUGGAAAAGGAAUACCAAAGAGCCGUCGAGAGCCUUGAGAAAAACACCAGUGAACUUCAAACGCACGAGGCAGAGACUGGGACUCUCAAUGUUCGCAUCUCAGACCUCACCACAUCGUUGCAUGGCGCCAAAUCUGAAAUGCAGCGUCUUCGGAAUCUCAACACUGGCCUUGAAGAACAGCUUCAGCUAGAAAUCGAAGCUCGAAAUGAGCUGCUGGACAAGUGGGCCGCAGAUCAAGUGCGCUCGUUCGCCCACAUGCAGGAGACUGUCAACUCGGAACGUCGCAGAGCCAAAGUUCGUGCGGCCAAUUGGGAAUUGAAAUCGGACGAUCUCAUGUCAGAUGGCACUACAAUUGGCACUGGGAGUGAACCAAUCACUCCCGUUAGCGCCCGAUUUAUUGAUAUCGAAGUCGGUCGUGGCAAGGACCGUCGGCAUAUGGAUACCGAAGAACUGGAGAAUGACCUUUCGGAUGUCGGCAGCGGUAUCGGAUCCCAUAUUUAUAUCCAGCUUCCCGCGUCGGGUUUAGCUUAG